GUAUCUCUUGGGAGUAUUAAGGCAUCCAUUUACUUAUUUUUUUUCCCUCUCCAUUAUUCCCUUUGUCCCUGAAGCAGUCUGGGUGUUUGGCAGGUGCUAGACAGUAAAUUAUGGUUCUAAAUGGUGCCUCAGUGGCCUAAUAAUAAUAAGGAAACAUGUCCCACAAUGUCAAUCUGUAGACCCGGGAAUAAUUAGUACAUUUAUCAAAGCAGAUGGAUUUCAGAGGAAUUUGAAUCCUGCUCUAAGCACAGCAUCGGUUUUUUGGCUGGAGUUUAGUGAACUGGGCUUCAUAACUUAUUAUUAUUUAGCUGCCCUGUUUGUCCUUCCUUCCUUUUUUAGCAGUUUCACUGCUUGCUUCAACUUUCCAUUCUUUUGUGCUUAGAAAACGUAGGAACCUGGGGACAGGAAGAGAAAGUGGGGAUCGAGGAAGGGAAAAACAAAUAUUAUGAGAAGGAACUGUUCUGUCGUCUGAGCCGGCAGCGCCCGGUCUUUGUAUUGUAAUUAUUGUUCCCUGACCUUUUGGUUGGGAGCGAGCGUAGAGCAGCCUUGCACGGAUCAGCCCCACUCCGGAGGGCUGUGGGUUCCUCCUGUCUUCGUGGUUGAUCCACGGACAUUCCCAGGGCCCAGGACAGCGCCGGGCACCAGGCAGAUGAUCGCACUCGUUGGCUGGAUGAAUGAAAGUUGUCCAGCAUGCUCUGCCCAGCCCAUGCCGGGGCGCACUGACCAUGAGCCUCAGCUCCUCCCUGGGCCACAGGAAGGAGCUGCGUAACCUCACUGCAGAGGAGGCUGGCGAAGGGGGCGUUAUUGUCGCUGAGUUCAUCGCCAUCAUUGUCAUCACCGUUUUUGUCUGCUUGGGCAACCUGAUCAUCGUGGUCACCUUGUACAAGAAGUCCUACCUCCUCACCCUAAGCAACAAGUUCGUCUUCAGCCUGACCCUGUCCAACUUCCUGCUGUCCGUGUUGGUGCUGCCUUUCGUGGUGACCAGCUGCAUUCGCAGGGAAUGGAUCUUCGGCGUGGUCUGGUGCAACUUCUCCGCCCUCCUCUACCUGCUGAUCAGCUCGGCCAGCAUGCUCACCCUCGGGGUCAUUGCCAUCGACCGCUACUAUGCUGUCCUGUACCCCAUGGUGUAUCCCAUGAAGAUCACGGGGAACCGGGCCGUGAUGGCGCUUGUCUACAUCUGGCUUCACUCCCUCGUCGGCUGCCUGCCGCCCCUGUUCGGUUGGUCACCGGUGGAGUUUGAUGAGUUCAAGUGGAUGUGUGUGGCCGCCUGGCACCGGGGGCCUGGCUACACCGCCUUCUGGCAGAUCUGGUGUGCCCUGCUGCCCUUCCUGGUCAUGCUGGUGUGCUACGGCUUCAUCUUCCGCGUGGCCAGGGUCAAGGCCCGCAAGGUGCACUGCGGCACGGUGGUCAUUGCGGAGGACGAUGCCCAGAGGCCCGGGAGGAAGAACUCCAGCACCUCCACCUCCUCGUCGGGCAGUAGGAGGAACGCCUUUCAGGGUGUGGUCUACUCUGCCAACCAGUGCAAAGCGCUCAUCACCAUCCUGGUGGUCAUCGGUGCCUUCAUGGUCACCUGGGGCCCCUACAUGGUGGUCAUCACCUCCGAGGCCCUCUGGGGGAAGAACUCUGUCUCCCCGACCCUGGAGACCUGGGCCACGUGGCUAUCCUUUACCAGCGCCAUCUGCCACCCCCUCAUCUACGGACUCUGGAACAAGACGGUGCGCAAGGAACUACUGGGCAUGUGCUUCGGGGACCGGUACUACCGGGAACCGUUCGUGCAGCCGCGGAGGACGUCCAGGCUGUUCAGCAUUUCCAACAGGAUCACAGACCUGGGCCUGUCCCCGCACCUCACGGCGCUCAUGGCAGGCGGACAGCCCCUGGGGCACAGCAGCAGCACGGGGGACACUGGCUUCAGCUGCUCUCAGGACUCAGGGACGGAUGUGAUGCUGCUUGAGGACUACACACCUGAUGACAACCCUCCCUCCCACUGUACGUGCCCGCCCAGGAGAAGGAGCUCGGUGACAUUUGAGGAUGAAGUGGAGCAAAUCAAAGAAGCUGCCAAGAACUCCGUUCUCCACGUGAAGGCCGAAGUACACAAGUCCCUGGACAGCUACGCAGCCAGCCUGGCCAAAGCCAUCGAGGCUGAAGCCAAGAUCAACUUGUUUGGGGAGGAGGCUCUGCCAGGGGUCUUGUUCGCGGCACGGGCCGUCCCGGGCGCCGGUUUUGGGGGCCGUCGAGGCAGCAGGACUCUCGCGAGUCAGAGGCUCCAGCUGCAGAGCAUCGAAGAAGGGAAUGUCCUAGCUGCAGAACAGAGAUGAAGGCCUGGGGGCGGGCUGGGGCCGCGGGGGCCUCCCGUGCCCGUCUGUGCCGGCGCCCGGGCGCGUCCCUGUGCACCGCGGGCCACACACGGGCGGGGACGUCUGCUGUGCAGCCACGGGAAAAGGACUGAAAAUCACGUCUGCAGCCCAUGACCUCAGUGCCGCCUUGAGACUGCAUGCGGGCUUCUCUGAGGUCCCAGUGAUGGAGCCAGAAGCAUCUAAAGCAAAAAAAAAAAAAAAAAAAAGCAGGUGGCAGUGUGGCCCUGGCUUUUUGGGAGGUGGGGCAGAGAGGAGGACUAGAGACCGUGGGCUUGGAAGGAAAGCACGGUAUGGAUCAGCUUCUCUUCACAGCCUGUGUCCCGGUGGUGCGGCCACCCACUGUCCCCGAGGUUUCAGGCGGGGGACCCUUCCCAGUGCACUUGGAGGAUGGCACUGUAGUUCUUCCCAACACAGCCUCUGUGUGGGCCGUCAGCUCUAGACUAAGUGGCCUGCAGAGAGAGACCCAGGAGCAGAGUGCCCCGGAGCGACUUCCCACACCACCUGUCCUGCCCAGGAACUGGCCCUCAGUGUCGCCCCCCAUGGGUGCUCGCAGGGCUCGCCCACGAGCCUCUGAGGACGGGGGCCCACCUGCCCCCUUUCUCUACUGACAGAUUCUUUGGUAUUUCAAAAGAAGGGCGAAACCACUAUGCAAGAUAGGAGGAAGGGGCAGGUACCAUGUGUGUUUCAUUUCCAGAAUAAAAAAGAAUCCACUGGGUUAGGACAUACCGCUGUUUUACCAAGACUAACGGGGGCUGUGGUGCCAAGCACAGCCAGGAAACCGAUCCUGUUGUACUGGCGGGAAUCCCGUCCCCUGGGAAAGCCUCACUGAGUAGCUCCUGUGUGUGAUGUCUGAGUGACCAGUGGACACAGCUGGCCGCAGUGGCACAGGGCAGGCUCCCCCGGUACAGCCCGGGGCAGCUCAGACAGGACAGCAAGAGCACUGGGCCCGGAGUCAGCAGCCUUGGUUCUUGGCCCAGCUCUGCCUUCGUGUGCACGCUCGUGUCAUUUGGGACAUCUUGUCACCUCUCUAGGUCCUCUGUAAAAUGGGAAAGGGGAGUGGGGAGUUGGAGUGGAUGGUUUCCAAGAUCAUUUCCGGCUCUGACCUUGGAUAUUCUCUGAAUGUGUAAAUUAGAGGCAGGAAAAAAAAAAA